AUGGGAUAUUAUGUAGGUCGGGUGACCUGUAUAAUACAGAAAUAUGUCACUGUAAUAUGUGCCACUUCCACACCCGAUACAUCGCUCCUUCUGUCAGAAUCAUCCCCGUUGCACUCAGAACUGUCGGGUACACUUUUGGGACAGCCCACUUAUGACUUCUUCCAAUUUGCUCCCCCCGAUCUUCAAGAUGACGACAUUGAUUUAGAUUUCAAUUGUACAAUCCUACUGAUGCCGCCCAACUACAAGCCACCAUCUCCAUUACCUUCAUCUUCUCCGUCUUCGCCCACUUCCUCUCAAAUGGAUUGGUUUCCUUCUUCAGGAUUCCCUCCUCUAACUUCUACCUUGAGAACUAGUCAUGAUAUCUCGUCCCGCGAUGUGGCAGACUUUAAUUUUGCUGGUCCCUCCAGACAUGACUCUGACAACACCUUCGCCCUCACAACUUUGCUGACAUCUCCUCCUCAUCUUUGCCACGUAUUAUCUGCUCUCAUCAACACUGCACAUGUCAAUUCUCGCACGUUUGCUCCAUACAACAAUGCCUCUGCUUCCAUGGCAACUCCUGCUCCUGCGCACACCCCAACUCUGGCAGAAAUCCCUACUUCUGUGCAGCCAUCUACAAUUGUGCCUGAACCUCCCACCACAGAACCUAUUAUGGCCACUCCUUCUCCACCCGCCACAGUUGGCGGGGUGUUACCAGUGACAACAAAGGCUUCCAAAUGCAAGUCCAUGAAGAGCAACACACAUCUCGAGACAGUCUCUGCAAAGCGUCAGAAGAGGGAGGGUGCAGUGGUCUCAUCCACUGAGAGCUCGCAGCCCAUUGAGGGAGGCCAAGGUAAACGACAGCGCUUCUGUCAUAUCCUGCAUUCCGGACCCAGACGUAUCACACACAUCAUUUCCGGAUAUCCAGGUCCGACCAACUUCUAUCUAUGUCCGGAUCUGACCCGCAUCUAA